UGACGGUAGGAUUGCCUUCCCUGUCACUUUAUACUUUAUUCGCUAAUGCGGCUUAUUGCUUGAAAUUUUGAAUUGUGUACGUACGCAUGUGCUUCUAAGACGUACUCCAUAGUUUUUUUCGUGAUAUUUAAGUUAUUUUAGAAUAAAAAAGUGCAUUGUUUCAUCUAUCUUGAAAAUUUAUAUAAAACUUCAAAGUGACUGUGCGAUUUAUUCGUCUCAACGAAUGUUAUCAUCAGAUUGAAGGAUCCUCGCGGCGCAAAGGAGGGAGGCCGGUCGGGAAGCGCAGAAGCCGAGUCUCCCCAAGCUCGCAGCGCGACACGGGGUCCGUACGUCGUUGCUUCGUGCGCACUGCGCGAAAUCAGCGCCGGUAGUGGGGUCGCGUGCGCCGCCGGCGGCUCAACCCCCGAGUUGCCCGAGUCCAUAGUCGUGGAGCGUCGCCGACUUGCCGGAUCUCGUCGGUGCGCAGCAGCAGCAGCAACAGCCAACAGCAGCAGCAGACGAGGCAUGAGCUUGCUACUCGCGACAUCCCUUAUAUCGAUUAUACCCUAGCGUUGUGGUUUACGAGGCUCAACAGUUUUCGAGCCUGCAUCGACGUUAACCUCCCUUCUCCUAGACUCCCCAGCGCGUGCAGUGCCGCUGCAAAAACAGCUGCGAAAAUGAGCUCGAAGCAGGCGGCGACUUGGUGGCGCUCGACCGGCGACGUCCUCGGCUUUCUGCUGCUCUGCAUCGUGGCCAUCCUCGAGUCCAUCGUCAAACUGUUCCUGCCCAAGAGGUAUCUCAUGAAGGACGUGGCCGGCGAGGUGGCACUGGUCACCGGCGGUGGCAGCGGCCUCGGCCGUCUCAUUUCCCAGAGGCUCGCCAAUCUCGGUGCCAUCGUCGUCGUCUGGGACGUCAAUGCACAAGGUCUCGACGAAACGGUUAAACUGAUCAAGUCGUCGGGUGGCACGUGUUAUGGCUACGUCUGCGACUUGUGCGAUCGCGAGGACGUCUACGAAAAAGCUCAACUACUUAACAGAGAAGUUGGACGGGUGUCAAUUCUGGUCAACAAUGCGGGAGUGGUGACGGGCAAAAAGUUCCUCGAUUCCAGCGAUCAAAUGAUCAAGCGCACCAUGGACGUCAACAUAAUGAGCCAUUUUUGGACGGUGAAGGCCUUCCUGCCGGCCAUGAUGAAGGAGAACAAAGGUCACAUCGUCAGCAUAGCCAGUCUCGCCGGCCAAGUGGGCUGCCCCAAACUCGUCGAUUAUUGCGCCUCCAAGUUCGCCGCCGUUGGAUUCGACGAGGCUCUCAGAAUGGAGCUGGCGGCUGACGGAUACGACAUCAAUACGACCGUGAUAUGUCCGUACUUUAUCCGCAGCACUGGCAUGUUCGAGGACGUUAUGGCAAGGUUCGUGCCGACUUUGAGCUCGACCGAAGUUGCCGACAGGGUAAUCGAGGCCAUGCGUUGCAAUGAAAAGUUUGCCAUUAUUCCAAGCUACUUCCAAGUACUCUUAGCGGCCAAAUGGAUGUUCCCGUGGAGAUGCGCUUGCAUGCUGCUGAACGGCUUGGUGCACGACGCCGCGCCCCAAGAGACGUCGAAACCCGUGCCGGAAACACUGCCCUCGCUGUCUCAGACGAAGCUCAACGGUCUGAUGAAGGAUCAGCCCGGCAACGGGGUGCUGCACCAGCAGCUGGCCAGGCGCGUCUCCAAUUCCGAGCGCAAGCCUUGAUGCCGUCCUCCGGGCCUCGUGUCAAGCUCGCGCCAACCGAUCUUGACGACUUUUGGUUCUCUCUUGUGGCGAGUGCUACCAUAGAUAUGGUACCGCAAGAGGAGAACCCUCGAAGGAAAUUCUUUUUACAAAUCGAUGCGAUAAGAACGAAGGGUGCCAAAUGCGGCUGCGAAGCUUUUCCAAGCGAACGACGAAUUGUUGUUAUAUGUUUAUAACUCGACGCUGCUGCGAUGCGGCAUUAAUCAAAAAUACGUGAAAUUUGAGCGCUCGGAAAAGCCUCGAAAACCUUUGUUACGUGCAUCAACAAUUACGUAUCCGAAGUCUUCCAAACUUUUUUAUACGUACUGCACAUUUCCCACAAUGAAACUAGACAUAUCGGCUACCUUUGUAAGCAUAAUAAUGUCACGUGAAGACGAGUUUUGUAUUGUCAGUCGUUUUUCCGGGUGGCUCGAUAGGAUGUAUAAAGUGCCAUCGCCUUGCCUUCGCUGUCAAUGUAUUUGCAAAGCGCACACGCAAAAACACACACACCCACACAUACAUGGACGUGUAUCAUAAAUAUGUGUACAAUAUAAGUCGCUGGACGACGAUGCAAUCGGUUAUUCAUCGGCUUACCGACUAAAAUUUAAAAUAAUGAUAAAACGACGUUGUCAAAAUUUUCUAAUGUGAAUUAUAAUCACACAAACAGUUGCAACUUAUAAUUAGGUGGUUUAUGUUCUUUUUUACCAACAUUAUGUAGUUUUAAAGAUUUUUACUAUAAAUAGUUCGAUUAUGAGGUAAAAUGUUGAAUGUUUGUACUAGUGUAAGUUUUUAAUACCAAGCCUACAUAACAUAGAGUCGAUUUUGCAAUCCAUAUUAUGAGCCUAAUUUAUGUAUAAUUUUUGACAACUUUUUUUAGUGUUUUUGCUCAUGUAAAAAAUUUUACAUCACUUUACAUUUGUAAAAUAGCGCUAAGCUUUUUCUUUUUUUUCUUUUUUUUUAUAAAACAAUAUCACAAUGAUGAUGUGUAAUGCAACGUCAAACUAAACUGUACAAAAAAAGUGACAAAAAAUUUGUAAAUUAUUUUUUUAGACUCCAAAGUUGUGAAUAUUCUUAACUGUUUUAUCUUAAUUUUAUUUCUGGCGCCAAAAUAAAUUCCUGUGAAUAAAUAUCGUUAAAUUAUUACAAGUAUCGAGCAACGAGUUCAAAACUUUGAUAGUGUUAUGAUAUUAGAAAGUUCGAAUAAAAUUAAUUUCUACAUAAAAAAA